AUGCCUGGAUGGAGGUCUCAGUGCCGUCUCGUCCUGCUGAACUCCCUGACCUGCGGCCUGGAGAUCUGCGUGGCAGCUGGGAUCACAUACGUGCCCCCCCUGCUUCUGGAGGCUGGGGUAGAGGAGCAAUACAUGACCAUGGUGCUAGGUAUCGGCCCAGUGUUAGGUCUCAUCUUCAUCCCUGUGAUUGGCUCAGCCAGUGACCACUGCAACAGCAGCUAUGGCCGCCGUCGGCCCUUCAUCUGGCUGCUGUCCCUGGGUGUCCUCCUAGCCCUCCUCAUCAUCCCCCAUGCCGACCUGCUGGCUGCCUACUUCACCUGGGGCGGACGCACCCUAGAAGUGGCCUUCCUCAUCCUCGGGGUGGGCCUGCUUGACUUCUGUGGCCAGGUGUGCUUCACGCCGCUAGAGGCGCUCCUCUCGGACCUGUACCGCGACGAGGAGGACUGCAACCAGGCCUUCGCCAUGUUUUCCUUUAUGGUUAGCCUCGGAGGCUGCGUGGGCUACCUGCUGCCUGCGCUGGACUGGAGCCGGGGCCUGCUGUCCGUCUACCUGGGCGGCCAGGCAGAGUGCCUCUUCUUCAUGCUCAUCCUCAUCUUCGUGAUCAGCGUGCUGAUCACCAUGAAGGUGUCGGAGGAGCCACCGUGUGCUGGUGUGGCGGCCCUGGAGCCAGCUCCUCUCCUGGAGGCGGGCCGCUGCGGCAUUCCACGCUCCUGCUGCUACCUGCUCAAAUGCAAACUGCGGCUGCUCAAGUCGGGCCCGCUGCUGUGCCUGCUGAGGACGUUCUGGUCCAUGACGCCAGCCAUCUACCGCAGCUACUGCCACGUGCCCCAGGUAAUGAGGCAGCUGUGCAUGGCCCAGCUCUGCAGCUGGAUGGCCGUCAUGUCCUUUAUGCUCUUCUACACAGACUUUGUGGGGGAGGGGCUGUAUGAGGGCGUGCCCAGUGCCGCUCCCGGAACUGCCUCCAGGCAGCGCUACGACGACGGCAUCCGUAUGGGCAGCCUGGGCCUGUUCCUGCAGUGUGCUACCUCUACUGUCUUCUCCCUGCUCAUGAGCCGACUGGUCCGCCAUUUUGGCUCGCGCCGGGUCUACCUGAGCAGCAUGGUGAGCUUCACCAUCUCUGCCCUGGUCAUCUGUAUGUCCAAGAGUGUGGUCCUGGUCACCGUGAUGUCGGCUCUGACCGGCUUUGCCUAUGCCACGCUGCAGACGCUGCCGUACACCCUCACCUGCCACUACCACAAGGAAAUGGAGGUUUACAUGCCAAAAAAGAAAACAAAAAACGUGCUUAAGUACGGGAUUGUGAUCAAGCAGGACUCGAUCACGCAUUUGACACCCGUGGCUGAGGAGGGGGGGCUGGCCCACAAACUGGGGGGCAACAACGGGCAUGCCUUCUUCAGCCAAGACGGCUCAGACUACUACCCCCCUCCCCAAGGCCAGAAUGGGUCGUCCCACAAAGCCACGGGCCCCGAGCAGGAUGAGCCAGAGGGCUACGAGAAGCGCGGCGUAGGGUUGGACUUUGCCAUCCUGGAUAGCACCUUCCUCCUCUCUCAGGUCUUUCCCACUCUCUUCAUGGGCAUGAUCGUUCAGUUCACAAAAUCCGUCACUGCCUAUAUGGCCUCCUCCGCCAUCUUUGGCAUCAUCGCCAUCUAUCUGGCCAACCACAUCAUCUUUGACCAAAAGGACCUCAAGAGCUGAAAGAACCAGGAACCGAGAGUGAAGGAAUGCACCCCUGGCUGCACUACCACUCCCUGCGCUUGCAACGCUCCAGUGUCUUCGCUGACCGUUGCCAUGGCAUUACCAAUGGAUUGCAAUGAGGCAGCCCGUUUAUACGUUUGUGUGUAAGUGUGCGGCAGGAAUGAAAGGAAAAUGUAUACCCAUGACAAUUGUUCCCUCCAGAAUUUACUGCAGCUAGUUACUGUGUCUACAAGAGAGAGACCGUGUCUGUGUAUUUAGAGUGUCUCUCACCUUGUUCCUCUCAGACACGUAGAUGGCCUCUCAGAAGGGUCAUUUCUCCUUCUCCUCAGGUACAGCUAGCUUCACAGCAUGAGCGGACUCCAUCGGCCCUUAGACAACUGGAAUACAGAUUUAUUACCAUUUCACUCACAUCUAUGUGAGGAGUUUGUCAAUGCUAUAUAUUUAAAACAGUCUGCUGUUAGGGCUGGAUUCAAUCCGUACUGUGGAAGAUCUGUGUUAAAAUGUAAAUGGAAUUUCCGAAUAAGCCGACAGCAUUUACCGUGAAUGCAGUACGCGGGAAUGCGGGAACAUUGCCUAUAACGUGGAUCUUCCGCGAUACUUCUGCAAUAUGGAUCGAAUCCAGCCCUUAGUCAAAGUCAACAGGAGAUUAUUGCCCACUUCUCAUGCAGACUGGCCAAGAGAGAAAAAUACCCAAUCUGGAGAGCCCAUCACCUGCUUGGGAAAGGAUCUGGGCUCACAUAGCUCCAUGCUGCUAAUGUAGGGGCAUUUCUGUCUGUUUGUUAUUCUCAGCCAGGUUGUGCUUGCAGUCACAAUGGAUGGAUUCUGCAUUGCUUACUGAAACAUACAUGUUAUCACACACGUGAUAAGUUCAAUGAGACCGUUGGACUUGUUCGUCAAGAAACUGCAAAUAGAAAAAUUGGGAAUAACUGGGGUAACUGGCCCCUAGAGUAACUGGCCCCUAGUUUUGGAUGGUUUUUGAUAAUAAACAGGUUUACUGUAUAUAUUUUGGAUAUGAAUUCAUAUAUUUAUAUUCCUAUGGGAAUUUCUUAUGCAACCUGUUUAGGUGAGGUCAUCUGUGUAACUGUGGUGUUGUUAGAAUGAAGUGGCUCAAUGGCAUCAUUGCAUUUUUGUUUGAAGUCUGUCAUCUCAGGAUAGUCACCUCUUUUCUAGAAAUUUCAGACAGUGCCAUAUUGUGCUAUUUAUUACAUAAUUUCUACUGCCAUUAUCACGUUCAAUCUGAAAUGACAGUAGGAAAGUAAAUGAGGUGAAUUAACCAAUGCUGUAAAAAAUUCAGGUGCACGUCUUUUUGGAAACUCAAUUAAUAUUCCCAUGAGCAAAAUACCAAAAAGUCAUACUAGCAACACUGCAGCGUUACAGUGAACUGGGUUACUGAAAAUAGUUUUAGUAUGCAAGAUGACAGUCUUUUGUGUUCUGUCAUAUUUUUUAUCCUUUUCUCUGUGUAUUGUACAUCUCUUUUGAAGGUCAACAUGGGUCUGUGAAAAGGUGCGUGUCUGUUUUUUGUUGUUGUUUAUUUUACUAUCCUUGUGGGGACCAAAAGUCCUCACAAGGAUAGUAAAACAAGGAAAAUUCGGACAAGUGGCGACAUUCCACCGGUCCCCACAAGGAAAAAGGCUGAUUUAGAGGUUAGGGUUAGAAUUAGGGUUUGGAGUAAGGGUUAGGUUUAGAGUUAAGGUUUAGGGACUCAAUUGUUUGGUCCCCACAAGGAUAGUAAAACAAACGUGUGUGUGAAUUUCAUAGUGUAGUGGAGAGAGCAGGGCAACAUGACAUGACUUUGGAUGCAGUCUCUCCUGGAGUUCCAGUCACCUAACAGAAUACUGCACACAAAUAAUAGCUAUAAGCUACAGACUUUCUGUAUCUCAUCUGCUGCUGUACACUGUGGCCAGUUUAUUAGGUACAACCAUUUAGUACUGGGUCGGACACCCCUUUGCCUCUAGAACAGCCUGAAUUCUUCGGGGCAUGGAAACUUCGCUCAACUGUUACAGUUGACACCAAGCAGGAUUGGGCCAUGGACUCAUACUGUUUACGCCAAAUCCUGACACAACAGGAACUGUGAUUUGUCAGAUCAGGCUAUGUUUCUCCACUCAAUUGUCCAGUGUUGGUGAUUGCGUGCCCACUGGAGACGCUUCUUCAUGUUUUUAGCUGAUAGGAGUGAAAUCCGGUGUGGUGGUCUGCUGCAAUAGCCCAUCCGUGACAAGGACUGACAAGUUGUACCGUUCUUUUCCUGUUUGUGACCCACCUGUUAGCUUGCGCGAUUCUUGUCAUUCUCCUUCGACCUUUCAUCAACGAGCUGUUUUCACCCAUAUGACUGCUGCUAACUGGAUGUUUUUUGUUUGUCGCACCAUUCUCGGUAAACCCUAGGCACUGGCCGGCCGUUUCUGAGAUACUGGAACCGGGGCGCCUGGCACCGACGAUCACGCCACGCUCAAAGUCGCUUAUGUCACUCGUUUUGCCAAUUCGACCGUUCAAUAGAACAGUAACUGAAUGCCUCGAUGCCUGUCUGCCUGCUUUAUAUAGCAAGCCACGGCCAGGUGACUCACUGUCUGUAGGAGUGAACAAUUUUCAUGAACAGGGUGGUGUACCUAAUACACACACAGUAAUCUAAAUAUAUUGUGGCCUUCGGUUAUUCUUCAAACUUGGAGUUUUGUUAGUAAAACGGUUGUGUUACAAUCAAUAUGUUAUGUUAUAUGCAUUCGGUGUAUGAUUUGCCUACUUUUUCUGACUUUCAAUCAGAAAUAUGGCUGUAUAAUAACCAAACAUAAUGUAAUAGCUCAUUUAUGCAAUGAUGAGAUUGGCUAAAUACAGUUGGCCCUAUUGGAUAUAUAAUCUCAUUUUGAGAAUGGGGUCAAAAUGAACUUGUUUUUUGUAAUAUUUCAUUGGCAGUUCGUGAAAGAUAAUACCACGUCACUCAUCGUUGAAAACCAAUUACUAAACAGACACGGUAACUUUGUGAAAAUAACAGUUGACUUUGAGAAAAUUCCCCCCAGCACACAGACAAGUAAAUACUAAUCUGACGUACUGUAGAGCAUAUGGACAUACUGCCAUGCGCCUUGGGAAUAUAGCAACGUUUUGCAAGUGCCUCUCGAAAUGUUUUUAUUUUUUGGACAUAACUAUUUAUUUAUUGAUCUUUUAAAAAUCAUAAGCACAUAUUAAAGUAUCUAGCAUUAUUUUUUUGUUGCAUCUGUCAAAAGCUAUUUCUGUGAAAAACAAUUAUAAAUUGUUAUUUUUUGUGUAGAUGUGCUAAGAGACAUCUUGACUUCAGCGCUAUAAUUGAUUUGAAUUUUCUUCCAUCCCACUCGUUCAUCGUGGGUUGCUUACAGUCAGAUAGCUUAUUGAUCUCGACUGCUGUCAAUGUGUCCCUGUAGGAAUGUUAUACUACGAAUCAUUAUUUCAUCCGGACUAUUUCCUCUAUGAGUUCUGGUUUUAAAGGAGCAACUUUGCUGGAUGUGCAUGUCUUCGUGAUGACUAAUACCUUUGCAGAGUAUGGUAAACAACCUAUUGUAUCCUUGUUUAUUAGUAAACAGGAAGUAGUCGAUACUGUUGCAUCAGGAUCAUUUAUAACCACUGUAUUGUUUCUCUGUGUUGAGUUUCCCCUAUAUUUCGUUUUGUUGAUAUUUGUUAGACAUCCACUAUAUAUACAAAAGUAUGCGGACACCCCUUCUAAUUAGUGGAUUCGGCUAUUUCAGCCACACUCGUUGCUGACAGGUGUAUAAAAUCGAGCACACAGCAUUUCAGUCUCCAUACAAACAUUGGCAGUAGAAUGGCCUUUACUGAAGAGCUUAGUGACUUUCAACGUGGCACCGUCAUAGGAUGCCAUCUUUCCAACAAGUCAGUUUGUCAAAUUUCGGCGCUGCUAGAGCUGCCCCGGUAAACUGUAAGUGCUGUUUUUGUGAAGUGGAAAUGUCUCGGAGCAACAACAGCUCAGCUGCGAAUUGGUAGGCCACACAAGCUCACAGAAAGUUGCCACCGGGUGCUGAAGAACGUAGCGCAUAAAAAUCAUCUGUCCUCAGUUGCAACACUCAUUACCGAGUUCCAAACUGCCUCUGGAAGCAACGUCAACACAAUAACUGUUCAUCGGGAGCUUCAUGAAAUGGGUUUCCAUGGCUGAGCAGCCGCACACAAGCGUCCAUUGGAGUGGUGUAAAGCUCACUGCCAUUGGACUCUGGAGCAGUGGAAAUGCAGUCUCUGGAGUGCUGAAUCACGCUUCACCAUCUGGCAGCCCAACGGACAAAUCUGGGUUUGGCGUAUGCCAUGAGAAUGCUACCUGCCAACUGUAAAGUUUGGUGGAGGAGGAAUAAUGGUCUGGAGCUGUUUUUCAUAGUUCGGGCUAGACCCCUUAAUUCCAGUUAAGGGAAAUCUUAACGCUACAGCAUACAAUGACAUUCUAGACAAUUCUGUGCGUACAACUUUGUUGCAACCGUUUGGGGAAGUCCCUUUCCUGUUUCAGCAUGUCAAUGCCCCUGUGCAUAAAGCGAGGCCCAUACAGAAAUGGUUUGUUGAGAUCGUUGUGGAAGAACUUGACUGGCCUGCACAGAGCCCUGACCUCAACCCCAUUGAACACCUUUGGGAUGAAUUGGAACGCUGACUGCAGGCCUAAUCGCCCAAUAUCAGUGCCCAACCUCACUAAUGCUCUUGUGGCUGAAUGGAAGCAAGUCCCCGCAGCAAUGUUCCAACAUCUAGUGGAAAGCCUUCCCAGAAGAAUGGAGGCUGUUAUAGCAGCAAAGGGGGGCCAACUCCAUAUUAAUGCCAAUGAUUUUGGAAUGAGAUGUUAGACAAGCAGGUGUCCACAUACUUUUGGUCAUGUAGCGUAAGUAACCAUUGAAUUCCAAUAACUUAACAACAGUGUUGUGGUUCUUUAAUUAUGUGUCAAAAUGCCCAGUGUUUAGGUUAGUUGGGUCUCAAGAUAGCAAGUGCCAAGGGUCACAUUUAAGAUGGCUUUGGUUAAUUGACAAAACUGUUUUGUAAAUGUGCUGGGGUGUAUAAGACUUAAUCAGGGAUCUAUUCACAUUGGUCCUAUUUGAUGAGGACUGUAUGAAUUAUGAAUCUGCCAUUAUGUCCUCAAGUUUUAAUUCGUGCUCCAAAUGUGUUGUUCUUUGUGUUUUCAGCCUUCAUAAAAAUCAUAUAAUAUUAUUUUGAUUAUAAAUCCCUCAGCUUGGGUAUUGUGCAGUCACCAAAUAGAUUUUUUUUUAAUACAAAAUAAAUGUACUGCAUU